AUGGGUUCUGGCUUCUUCCGCCGCCCGACCGACGGAAGCUCUAGCUCUAGCGGAGACGGCAAUGAGUCUGAGGAAGAAGAGCUGCACACUCUACAAACAGACGAUGGGAACGAAGGCGAGACACAGACCCUUACCACAGAGUCACUGCCCAGCCAUGGAAGUGUGUCCCUAGGGGAUGACGCCGAUGCAACAGCGGUCUCUAACGUCGACCGGCACCGAACCAAUUUGCUUAGUGCCCUGCUCGAGGACUUUGCGAGGAAUAGAGCCAGCGACUACUUGAAUGAAGCGGUUCCAGGGUCCAAUUUCGACAGAACCUCACCUGAAGUCCAGUCGUUGGCAGAAAGCGUGUAUCAACAGGUCCGUCAGUCACUGGCACUUACUGGCAUUCUCCCAGCAAACAAUGCAGAAGAUAGCAAUCCGCAAGCACGAGCAGCCUACUUAGCAGGUAUCGAGAGUCUCGCGUUGGCCAAGGUCAAUGAUCAUAAUUUCCUACCGGGGCAAGCUCGCUCACAACUUCCACCACCUGGACAACAUCUUGCCGUCGCCUCGGUAGGCAGCCAGAGACAGGGUCUUGCCCCACAGUCCCGUCAACAGAAGUUCGGAAACCUCUUUUCACAUCCAGGCCAGAAUCAUUCGUCCACACCGUUCUCGGACCUGAUCUUCUCAGCCCCUGAAGCGCGUCGCAGUCACUAUGAGUCGAGUUUUCAACAACUUCGGUUACUUGGAAAAGGAGGCUUCGGCCGAGUGUAUCACGCUUACAACAUUUUUGACAAGAAGGAGUAUGCCGUUAAGAAGAUCCCCCUAAGCCCUCGAUUAUCGCAGCGAUAUCGGGAGUCUGGGCAUCAAGAGCUGGAGAACGUGCUCAGGGAAGUUCAAGCAUUGGCUCAGCUCGAACACAACAAUGUAGUCCGUUAUCAUGCCACGUGGAUCGAGGAGCCAAAGCACACGCCUGACGCCGUUUAUCAGCGAAGAUACCGGAACAUUGCAGUAGAAGGCAGGAGACUCAUAGCUGAUCGUGCAAUACACUCACCACCCAGGGCCGUUCGCACGCGUUCUCCGACUCCCGAUCACAGCGACGGCAUCAUCUUCGGCUCCGACAGUCGGUCAAGUAUGCCUGUCCGCGAAGUGGAGGGCGACGCCGCCGCGCCGCUGUGGUCUGGAGGUGAGACCGAUCCAGAACCCUCCUCUGCACGAGCCUCGGAGAUAUUCACGGAUGGCAAUGCUCGACCCAGUCUCUCCCGCGACUCGGUCAUGGACGAUACGGUGUAUGUGCUGCAUGUCCAAAUGUCAGUGUAUCCGACCACAUUGGCACAAUAUCUAGCACCGUUACAAGCGAACAGCAGAAGUGCGCUCAGCGUGCCGGCAAGGAGACACUGUUUCCACCUGAUACCAGCGCUUCGCCUACUGAUGGGCAUUCUAUGUGGCUUGCAAUACAUCCACGCGAGGGGACUAAUUCAUCGCGACAUCAAGCCUUCAAACAUCUUCAUUUCAACCUUGGAUCUUUCGGCGACAGGUCUUGUCCCUGACGGCUAUCAUGACGUGGGAUCAUGUGUUGGAUGCCAAACCUCCAGUCCGUACUUCGUCAACCCACGUAUUGGUGAUUUCGGUCUCGUCGCUGAGCUGGCGAGAAACGAUGAUGGCAAUCAGCCAAAGAGCGCCGCUAAGCCUGUUGGGACGGAAUACUACAGGCCACCUUCAGCGAAGGCCCUCAGAGGCAAUCACGCUGACGAGAAAUUGGACGUUUUUGCACUUGGUGUCAUUCUUGUCGAGCUACUGUGGCCAUGUUCCACCAGCACCGAGCGGAUGCACGUUUUACGAGAUGUCCAGAAAGGGAAAGUUCCGCCUCAGUUGGCUGAGAAGAUCGGACAGGAGGGACACGAAGCUGGUGUUGGCCACUCGGUCAUCCAAUGUAUAUCAGGGAUGAUCGAGAGGGAUCCAGGGCGCCGAUGGGGUUGCGCACAGGUCAAGGAAUCAAUAGAAUCGUUGCUGGAAAGGUGUAAGACUUUAGCGCCUACUGACAGCCAUAGCGCUCUCGAUGGGAAUAACGCGGCUGAUCUGGCUGGGAUGAUCAAGGUCAUGAGCAUAGAUGAAUCGACCGAGCAGGAGUCAACGCAGAGCGUGGACGAGGCGGUCUAA